GUUAUCGUACACAAUAUGAUGUUCCUACGAAACAAGUCGUUCUUCAAAUUGACGAGGUCCGACCAGAAGAUGCUGGUCAGUAUGCGGUAGUUGCAGCCAACCCAAUCGGUCAAGAAACAACCGUAGGCUCGUUGACAGUUGUACCAGAACGGACAGGUGAAGAGAAGCGUCCAUUAGGACAACCACAAGGCAAAACGCCACGACCUGUGGAAGUAGCACCUGGUGUUGAUUUUCAACCAACGGAUACAACACCGGCUGCUCUGAAGGAGAAUCGUGGUCCGCGCGUCAUGGUGCCAUUGAAGGAUGGUGAUACUAAGGAAACUAUGCCUUUAGUGUUAACGGCAACAAUUGAUGCAGGCUCGCCAAUGUCGACGCUGACCUGGUUCAAAAAUGGUCAACCACUAGUUGCUGGUGAUCGAUUCAUCACGAAGUAUGAUGUCGUGCCAAAGAUUCUUACGCUGGAAAUACUCAAUGCACGACCUGAAGAUCAGGGAACAUACACAGUGCAAGCAAAGAAUCCUCUUGGUGCUGAUGAAACAAGCGCAAAAGUCACAGUUCGACCACUGACGAACACCGAUGCUCAAGAAUUCGCCCAGCCAAAACCGCUUCAAGUCACUGCACCGCAACCCACUCAACAGGACCUGAAACAACCACAGGCACCAAAAGUUGUGAAACCGUUGGAGAACAUCGAAGCACCUAAAGGGUCACCGGUUUUAUUCCGUGCCACCAUCACUGGCAAACCUACACCUACAUUCACAUGGUUUAAAGAUAACAAGCCACUGCAGGCGUCACCUCGUUAUCGUACACAGUACGAUGUUCCUACAAAUCAAGUUCUAUUACAGAUCGAUGAAGUUCGACCUGAGGAUGUGGGCAAAUAUGCUGUUGUCGCAGCCAAUCCAGUAGGUCAAGAGACGUCUGCGGCUUCACUCACCAUAGCCCCUGAGAGCACUGGUGAAGAGAAGCCUCUUUCUAGUCAACCACCGAGCAAAACACCACGACCAGUAGAAAUGACACCAGGCGUUGAUUUUGAACCAAUGGAUACAACACCACUGCAACCGGAAGAAACACACGCACCACGAGUUAUCGUGCCGUUGAAAGACCGCGAAACAAAAGAGACUAUGCCUGCUAUUCUCUCCACCACUAUCGAUCUUGGAUCACCAAAUGCGAAGUUCACCUGGUUCAAGAAUGGUCAACCACUUGUCGCCGGUGAUCGAUUUAUCACUAAAUACGACGUUGUACCGAAGAUACUCACUUUGGAAAUCCUCGAUGUACAUCCUGAGGACCAAGGAACAUAUACCGUUCGUGCUACAAAUCCAGUUGGAACCGAUGAGACUACGGCCAAAUUAAUCGUAAAGCAAUUGACAAACACUGAUGUUCAAGCAUUCACACAGCCGAAACCGCUUGAAGUAACUGCACCGCAGCCAACUCGGGAAGACAUGCAACAACCGCAGCCACCGAAAGUAGUCAAACCGUUGGAGAACGUCCAGGCACCGAAAGGAUCGCCGAUCCUUCUCCGUGCCACUAUUGUCGGAAAACCCACACCUACAUUCACAUGGUUCAAAGAUAACAAACCAUUGCAAGUAUCGCCUCGUUACCGAACACAAUACGAUAUUCCUACAAAACAAGUUGUUCUUCAAAUCGAUGAGGUUCGACCAGAAGAUGCUGGUCAGUACACAGUAGUUGCUGCCAAUCCAGCUGGUCGAGAUACAACCACCAGUUCUCUUACUGUUAUACCAGAGCGCAAUGGCGAAGACAAGCGUCCUUCUGGGCAACCACAAAGCAAAUCGCCCCGACCCGUAGAAAUGGCGCCCGGUGUCGACUAUCAACCGACCAAUGUGUCACCAUUAGCACCAGAAGACAAUCGUGCUCCGCGAGUAUUAGUACCAUUAGAGAAUAAGGAAACGAAGGAAAGUAUGCCUGUUAUUUUCUCAACCACGAUCGAUACUGGCUCACCUACAGCAACAUUUACAUGGUUUAAAAAUGGCCAACCGCUCGUCGCUGGUGAUCGAUUCAUCACAAAAUAUGAUGUCAUACCUAAGCGUCUCACGCUGGAAAUACUCAAUGCACGACCAGAAGACCAAGGAACUUACACAGUACAAGCAACGAAUCCAUUUGGUACUGAUGAAACCACGGCCAAAUUAGCCGUGAAACCAUUAACAAAUACUGAUGCGCAAGAAUUUGGUCAACCUAAACCUUUGGAAGUGACUGCACCGAAAGCAUCUCAACAAGACAUGCAACAGCCGAAACCGCCGAAAGUCAUUGUGCCAUUGGAAGAUGCUGAAGUUAGCAAAGGUUCACCAGUGCUACUUCGCACGACCAUCACUGGAAAACCGACACCGAAAUUCACGUGGUUCAAAGAAAACAAGCCUUUGCAAGCUUCGCCCCGUUACAGAACACAGUACGAUGCUCCUACAAAUCAAGUGGUUCUGCAAAUAGACGAAGCUCGGCCUGAAGACGUUGGACAAUAUCGUGUCGUCGCAACUAACCCAGUAGGCGAAGAUUCCACAGGCGGCAAACUGACAUUGAUACCAGAGAAAGUUGGCGAAGACACAUCACAUACUGUACCGAUGGAUAAGAAACGUGGACUCGGAAAACCGCAAGGAAAGACACCUCGACCUGUGGAAAUGGUGCCCGGUUUGGACUUCCAGCCGAGCACAUCGUCACCAGCAGGUCCAGAAGAGAAUCGACCACCACGCGUACUAAUUCCCUUGACUGAAGGCGAUGUCAAGGAAACAAUGCCUGCUUUACUAACAGCCACCAUAGAUGCAGGUUCACCACUCGCAACGUUCACAUGGUUCAAAAAUGGACAACCACUCGUUGCUGGUGAUCGUUUUAUCACCAAGUAUGAUGUCGUACCAAAGACGGUCACUCUGGAAAUUCUCGAUGCACGACCUGAGGAUCAGGGAACGUACACACUACGUGCUGCAAACCCAAUUGGCACUGAUGAAACCACAACCAAAUUAACCGUGAAACCAUCGACAAAUACCGAUGCACAGCAAUUCGCUCAACCUAAGCCAUUGCAAGUGACAGCACCGCAACCAACUCAACAAGAUCUGCAACAGCCGCAACCACCGAAAGUCAUUACACCCAUAGAAGAUGCAGAAGUAGUUCAAGGAUCACCAGCCCUACUACGUGCCACCGUCACUGGAAAACCGACACCAACAUUCACUUGGUUCAAAGACGGUAAACCACUACAGGCAUCACCUCGACUUAGAACGCGGUAUGACGCACCGACCAAUCAAGUCCUUCUUCAGAUCAACGAUGUUCAACCGGAAGACGUCGGCCAGUACCUAGUGGUUGCUACGAAUCCGGCAGGCGAAGACUCCACGGGUGGGAAAGUGAACUUAAUACCCGAAAAGAGUGGCGAAGACACUUCAGACACGGUUCCUACUGGACUAGGACAGCCACAAGGCAAAACACCACGACCAUUGAAAGUGGUGCCAGGUCUAGACUUCAAACCGGAGAGCGCCAUACCUGACGAAAAUCGACCGCCACGCGUGAUUAUACCACUCAAGGAUGGUGAUGUUAAACAGACUAUGCCAGCUUUACUCACAACCACAAUUGAUGCUGGUUCACCCACAGCAACGUUCACAUGGUUCAAGAAUGGUCAACCUCUGGUUGCUGGUGAUCGUUUUAUCACCAAGUAUGAUGUUGUACCAAAGACACUGACAUUGGAAAUACUCAACGUGCAACCGGAGGACCAGGGCGCCUACACGGUUCGAGCAACAAAUCCCGUGGGUAGUGAUGAAACGACAGCGAAGCUAACAGUUAAACCACUGACGAAUGCUGACGCUCAAGAUUUCGCACAACCAAAACCGCUAGAAGUAAGUGCACCGAAACCAACUCAACAAGAGAUGCAACAGCCACAACCGCCGAAAGUUAUCGUGCCGUUGAAGGACGCUGACGUACGAAAGGGAUCACCAGCUCUUCUUCGUGCUACUAUCACUGGAAAACCGACACCAACAUUCACUUGGUUCAAGGACGGUAAACCACUUCAGGCAUCACCUCGACUUAGAACGCGGUAUGACGCACCGACCAAUCAAGUGCUUCUUCAGAUCAACGAUGUUCAACCGGAAGACGUCGGUCAGUAUCUUGUGCUUGCCACAAAUCCGGCUGGCCAGGAUUCGACUGCUGGUAAAGUGAACUUGAUACCAGAUAAGGGAGGGGACGAGACUUCUGGUGUUGUGCCGACGGAGAAGAAUCGUGGAUUAGGGAAACCACAGGGUAAAACACCACGACCAUUGAAAGUAGUACCUGGUCUGGAUUUUCAACCAACAAGUCCCGCGCCAGAACAGAACAGGCCACCGCGCGUUAUUGUACCUCUAAAAGAUGGUGAGAUCAAAGAAACUAUGCCCGUGGUACUGAGUGCUAUGAUCGACGGUGGUUCACCCAUGGCUAAAUUUACUUGGUUCAAGAACGAUCAGCCAUUGGUUGGAGACCAUCGGUUUAUCACCCGAUACGAUGUGAAGCCAAAGAUCGUUACGCUAGAAAUCCUUAACGCACGACCCGAAGAUCAAGGAACGUAUACCGUUCGUGCUACAAAUCCAAUUGGAAGCGAUGAAACAACGGCUAAACUAGCCGUUAAACCGUUAACAAAUGCUGAUACGCAAGGAUUCUCUCAACCAAAACCAUUGCAGGUACCCGCACCACAACCAACUGAGCAAGAGAUGCAACAACCGCAACCGCCGAAAGUCAUCGUACCAUUGAAAGAUUUAACUGUACGAAAAGGCUCUCCAGUAUUAUUGCGAGCUACUAUCGUUGGUAAACCUACCCCAACCUUUGCCUGGUUCAAAGAUGGCCAACCAUUACAAGCGUCGCCUCGUUUCCGAGUACGCUACGAUGCCCCAACAAAACAAGCUCUUCUUCAAAUCGAUGAAGUACGGCCUGAAGAUGUUGGACAGUAUCUGGUACUUGCGACAAAUCCGGCCGGACAAGAUUCCACAGGUGGCUCUGUCAGCUUGAUACCGGAGAAGGGAGGCGACGAGACUUCCGGUGUUGUACCAGCGGAGAAGAAUCGUGGACUAGGAAAACCACAAGGCAAGAUACCGCGACCGUUGAAGAUCGUGCCUGGUGUUGAUUUUCCACCAGAGAUAGCUCCAGAUCAAGCACGUAAAUUGAAACCUGUAACACCUGCAACGAAAGCUGAGAAGGCCAUACCACUAGAACAAAUGAGACCGCCACGUGUCAUUGUGCCAUUGAAAGAUAGCGAGUUUGAAGAAUUGAUGCCAGUACUGCUCACAGCAACGAUCGAUGCUGGCUUGCCAAUUGCAUCGUUUGUUUGGCUGAAGAAUGGACAACCACUUCUGGAAGGUAACAGAUAUACUACGAAAUACGAUCUACCGAACCGAACUAUAACCUUACAAAUCCUUGCGUCGCGUCCUGACGAUCAAGGUGUUUACACUGUUCGUGCAACUAAUCCAGUUGGUAGCGACGAAACAUCGUGCAAGUUAACCGUUCGACCUGUCGCAUCAAUCGAUACACGACCAUUCAUCGAUGCUGAUCGUUUUCGUCCAUUGGAAAAUCGACCAUAUUCAGGUCCACAUACUAGUGACGAAAAACAACCACUUCGUCCUCCUAAAGUACUCAUACCAAUGAAUAACCUUCAACUGAAGGAAUAUGAACCUAUUGUACUGAAAAGUAUCAUCGACGCUGGUUAUCCUAUGGGUAAAUUUACAUGGCUCAAGGAUGGACAACCAUUACCGGCUUCAAAUCGAUAUCGUACAAAUUAUGACAUCAAUACACGUACUGCAUCGUUAUUUAUCGAUGCUGCACGUCCAGCAACGGACACAGGCCCAUAUACGGUUCAUGUGGAAAAUCCUGUCGGUAAAGAUGAAACAACUGGUGUAGUCAAUGUUGAACCAACGCCAGCGAUCGAUGAUCGACCAUUCGUUCCACCCAGCAGAUUUGGCAAACUUGAGCCACCUGCACGCACAGCCGGCAUGGGUCCUCGCGGUCCCAUUCUUCAACCAGAUGAAACAGGCAGAGAUCGUGAAAAUAUGCCACCAUGGAUUCGUUUAGUCAAAGGUCUAGAAGAUCAAGUCAUUGAUGAAUCUAAAGCAGCACAUCUUGUGUGUAUGGUUGAUGCACAUCCAGCCGCCACCAUCAACUGGUUUAAAGAUGAUCAUCCCCUCGUUGUAUCGCAACGCUUCAUGCCUGAAUAUGACAGCAAAACUGGUGUUGUUCGUCUUUCGAUCUAUCCUGUCUAUGCAGCUGACUCAGGACCAUACACAAUGGUUGCUCGUAAUAUAGCUGGAGAAGUAACAACAAAAUGUACAUUACGAAUUGAACCCACUGUUGGUGUGGAAGAAAAUCCGCUGGUGAAAUUUGCUGGUCUUCGCAAGACACCACAGCAACCAUCGACAGCUGGUUCUGAGCCUUCGCACAAGCCAGUUCUACCUGACGAAGGACAAAAACCAUACUUCAUUAAAGUUCCAGUCGAUCGAGAAGUGCCAGAAGGACAAUUAGUUCGUCUUGAUUACAUACCAGCAGGACGUCCUGAGCCAAGCUUAACAUGGUUUCGUAAUGGUUUACCAUUACAACCCAACGAUGCUGAUCAUCAUGAUGUAGUCAAUGAAGGUGGUGUUCAUUCAUUGCUUGUACACAAUCCGAAAUUAGGACCAACUGUUGAAUAUACCUGUGUGGCGAAGAACAAAUAUGGCGAAGCACCAUUUACUGUUCAUCUUAGUGUCGUUCCACGCAAUGCCAAUAUUGCUCCUUACUUUAUCGAACAACUUUACAAUAUCAUUAUCAUCGAAGGUCAAGAUGCACAACUGGAUGCUUCUGCAGAAGGUUUUCCUGAACCAAAAGUUGCCUGGGAGAAAGAGGGUAAACCUCUUACUCCGAACAAAGAAUACAAAGUUGAAUUCGAAGGAGCGAAAACAACAUUAUACAUACGAAAUGCUAAGAUGAUUGAUGCUGGCUGGUAUCAAUGUACGGCAACUAGUCCUGCAGGAACCGCAGUUACCAAAUGUAAAGUUACAGUUAUUCCAUUAUCUGAAGCUAGUCAAUAUGCAAAAGAACUACCACAAUUCGGACCUCAAACGUUAUCUAAACUACCAACUUUACCGCAAGAAGACAUUCGAUCGAAAUACAUGACUGUUCCAGCCAAACCAGCGGAGAUCAAACCGGAAGAAUUAUACAAGUUACCAAAACGACCUAAGAAAGCCGAUAAUCCUCUCGAAGAAGCGAAACGACGCGGUGUUAAAGUUUUACCUGAUGAAGUUUUGAAUACUCUUCAAAAGAGUCUAGAAGAAUAUCCCGAAGAAGAAAUGUAUAGCAAAGAUCGUCCACAACCACCAAAGUUCAAAGUUCAUCUCAAAUCUCAUCUGAAUCUCAACGAAGACGAUGUAUGCAUAUUCGAAGCCAAACUCAUACCUGUUCGAGAUCCGAUGAUGCGAGUACAAUGGUUUAAAAAUGGAAAACUACUUCAUCAUGCAUCAAGAAUUAUUCCUCGAUAUGACUUUGCUGAUGUUUCACUUGAAUUUCUGUGGACGUUUGCUGAAGAUGAUGGUAUUUACGAGUGUGUCGCUACUAAUCCUUAUGGAGAAGAUCGCACACGUGCUGAAUUGAAAUGUCGUCCGAAACGAUCAAUUAUCUACAAUACGCAAUUGCCCGAAGGCAUGGAAGGUGUAUCCAAAUUACAGAUGUUGGAAGAUGAAAUGAGAUAUACAGCAAGUAUGAUUGGUUUGGAAGAAAAAGUUCAAGAAAAAGAACCGAAAGCGCCAGAAUUUAUCAUGCCAUUAGAAAAUAUAUCGGUGGAUGAAGGUGAUAAUGCUAAGUUCAUUGCUAAAGUUGAUGGUCAUCCACGUCCACGAUUGACAUGGUCAAUCAACGGCGCUGAUAUUGCNAGAAAAGGAACUAAUCUAUUAUAUUAG